CCCGUCAAUUCAAUUCAGUUCAAUUCAAUUCGAUACAAGUAUUUUAGCAGUUCCUUGUUCCAACUUGCUUCCAAGUCCAAUACAAAAUCAAUCAAAGUAUCUCUCUCUCUCUCUCUCUCUCUCUCAAUGGAAAACAAGAGAGAAGAUGAAGGGAAGGCCAUGCUCGAUCUCAUGCCCGUCUUCGCCAAGGAGCUCCUUGCCGGUGGCCUCGCCGGUGGCUUUGCCAAGACCGUCGUUGCUCCUCUCGAACGUGUCAAAAUUCUCUUUCAGACCCGAAGAGCUGAGUUUCAGAGCAGUGGAUUAUCUGGAUCAGUUAUCAGAAUUGCCAAAACGGAAGGCUUCUUGGGUUUCUACAGAGGAAAUGGAGCAAGUGUUGCAAGGAUUGUUCCUUAUGCAGCUCUUCAUUAUAUGUCCUAUGAGGAAUACCGCAGAUGGAUUAUGCUAACUUUUCCUGAUGUUUUCAAAGGCCCUACCCUUGACCUUGUGGCAGGGUCUCUGUCUGGAGGGACAGCUGUGCUUUUUACUUAUCCCCUUGACUUAAUUCGGACUAAGUUAGCUUAUCAGGUUGUUAGUCCAACAAAAUUGAAUGCUUCAGGGAUGGUUUAUAAUGAACAAGUUUACAGAGGGAUCCGUGAUUGUCUUGCAAAAACUUAUAAAGAGGGUGGCAUUAGAGGUCUCUAUCGGGGAGUGGCUCCAACACUCGUUGGAAUAUUCCCAUACGCGGGUUUGAAAUUCUACGUCUAUGAGGAAAUGAAGCGCCAUGUCCCUGAGGAGUACAAUAAAAGCAUCAUGGCAAAACUCACGUGUGGAUCUGUAGCAGGUUUAUUGGGUCAGACCUUCACAUAUCCUCUUGAAGUUGUUAGGAGGCAAAUGCAGGUUCAAAAACUAGUGGCAUCCGAUAAUGCUGAAUUGAAUGGGACUCUGAGAUCCAUGAUUUUGAUAGCUCAAAAGCAAGGCUGGAAGCAACUCUUUUCAGGGCUGAGCAUCAAUUACAUAAAGGUUGUUCCAUCUGUGGCCAUUGGGUUUACAGUUUAUGAUACUAUGAAAUCAUGGCUGAGAGUUCCAUCAAGAGAUGAAGCUGCAGUUGAAGUGAUAACCAACAAAAGAAUCAGCCAACCAUCCUCACAGUAAUAAUACGAAAUUCUUCCAUUCAAAUUCCAGCCCUCCUAAGUCCUAACUCCUCAUAGGCUUCAAACUGGCUUCUUGGUCUCAUUCUGUUUCCACUGUUAUUCAUCUAUUUUUUUUAGCUGCACAUUACAUUCUUUCAAGCUGUACAGCGAGAUAGAGGUUAUAUUCCAUUUUCAAAUACCAUACGAUAUGUAUUUCUGUAACACCUUACCAAGGAAUGAUCCCUUGACUCAGAUCUCAUUGAUUUCAUCAUUUAAGGAGAUAACAACACGUAUGUUGUUUAGGUAGGUCAAAAUAUGUACAUACAGACAGAAGACAAAUUGCACUUUUUGAAUGUGCAAGUAGA